AUGAGUGCCACUAAAACAUUUGAUGGUAAGAUCGGUAAGAGGAAGAAAAACAUAAUAAAUACAUUGAGAACAUACAUCUACAAUGCUGGUUUGUGGCAAGGGCAUAAAGCCAAAGAAGCUUAUUGGGCUCUGGUUGCCAGAAUUAGUUUCCUCAUCAAUGUAGCGACGCAAAUUAUCACGCUGUUCUUGGUAAUGGAUGACGUAGCAAAGCUUUUUCAAUGCUUCAGUAUCUUUACAUUCUGCUGUAUGGCCGUUCUCAAGUUAAAUUCGCUGCAUAAAUGUAGUAAAAAGUGGCUUGCAGUUUUUAAACAAGCCCAGGAGUUAGAAGACUAUAUAUCAUCAAAUCAUCACGCUAAUGUAGAAUACGAAUCUGAAGACGAACUUGAAGGCAAAGACAAUUUAGUGGAACGGAAUAUCGAACCUUAUCAUACUAAAUUUCGUUCUACUUUAACAUUCAUUAACAGUAUCUACAUCUUUACAUUAUUGAUCUUUUUAUUGGCACCGUUUAUUGAAUAUGAGUAUUGGAUAAUUAAUUAUGUGGAGAUAGAAGGUUAUCCACACGUUUUGCCUGGAUGGGCGCCUCUGGAUAACUUGGGACUGGUUGGAUAUAUAGUAACGAUUGUUUUUGAAAUAAUAGCAGCAGUGUAUUGUCUAGUGAUUCAUUUAUCUUUCGACGUGACAUGUGUGGGUUUGAUGAUAUUCUUGAGUGGCCAGUUUGCGCUCCUCCGCGAACGAACCGCUAAGAUUGGUGGCAGAGGCAAAAACUAUCAGUUAACGCCAGCGAGAGAUUCUAGAGCACAUUACAGAAUUAUUGAAUGUCAUUGCAGUCAUGUUAUUCUUGUAAAAUUAAUGCAGGAGAUAGAUGAAUUAAUGAGAUUUAUAUUGGGAGUAUAUUAUCUGAUUGCCACAUUAACUUUAUGCUCAAUCGCCGUGAGAUUGAACUCGGAACAAAUGAGUGCGAUGCAGUUUGCGUCACUUCUUCAAUACAUGGUCGGCACAGUUGUACAACUCUACCUCUACUGUCAUUUCGGAGACUCAGUGUACAAUGAGAGCUACACAGGAAUGGGUGAAGGGCCAUUCGCGUCUUCUUAUUGGUGCCUCAGUUUGGGUGAGCGGCGAGAAAUUUGUAUGCUGUCAAUUGGCCUCACCAAACAGCAUCGAUUAAAUGCAGGACCUUUCAAUUCACUUGAUUUACCUUCUUUUGUACAGAUUGUACGUAUGGCUUAUAGUUGCUAUGCACUUCUUCACAACAAUGGACAAUGA